CCAGAGCACUUCGAGUUAUUCCAUAAUAUUGAUUCUCAAUAUCAUGGAAACGACCCCUAUUAAAAGGACUCAAUUGUGCGAAGAAGAGAGGGUUCAUCACGUGUAUUUAUCAGGAAAAAUGGGGAAGAUGCAUGGACUAACGGAAAACUUAACGGAAGGACCAAUCUUACCCACAUUUUGCAAACUAACACCAUUUGGCCACGCCUUCGGGAAAUCGAUCCGUCCGAAAUCCCUAGGCCUGAAGAAGGAAAAGCUCAGCCACUUCCGUUUCUACUGGCACGACGUCCUGAGCGGCCGGAACCCGACCUCCGUCAUGGUCAUCCCGCCGCCGGGGAACUCCACCACCGGGUUCGGCUCCGCGAACAUGAUCGACAACCCGUUGACCCUCCGGCCGGAGUUGACCUCCGAGUGCGUCGGGAGGGCUCAGGGGCUGUACGCGUCGGCGUCCCGGGAGGGGAUCGGUCUGCUGAUGGUCAUGAACUUCGCGUUCAUCGAAGGGAAGUACAACGGGAGCACCCUCGCGGUGGUCGGCCGGAAUUCGGUGUUCGACGAGGUGCGGGAGAUGUCGGUGAUCGGCGGCAGUGGACUUUUCCGGUUCGCUCGGGGUUACGUUCAGGCAAAGACGCACCGGUUGGAUCUGCAAACCGGUGAUGCCACGGUUGAAUACAACGCAUAUGUUUUGCAUUAUUGAGAUUUAUUAUCAUUUGGGGACCCACUUUCUCCCAUUUUUGGUUUAUUGACUUAUUAGUGUUAUUAUAUUCUGAUGAAUAAAUUUACGUUAUUUAG